UGAAGUAUAUUUAGCACAACUGUAACAACCACAGAUGAAACACACUGUGUUCAAAGACCACAUCGUCCUUAUUUCUGCAGAAAUGAUAUAGAGUAUUUCUGCAGAUUUGACAGAGACGUGAGGAGCAGCCAUGAGUUUAAAAGCAGCAGUGAGUGGAUUAGUGUUCUUCCUUCUCUGUGUGCAAGGGGUUCAGGGUCAGUAUGGCUGGAGAGUGACUUACUCUUCUAUUGAGAUCUGUGCAGUGAAAGGAUCAACAGUGGAGAUCAGAUGCAGAUACACAUACCCAUCUACAUCUUCCCGUGUUGAAAAGGCAUUUUGGUUUACUAAAAUGAAGGAUGAUGAAUAUGUAGAUCUGACAGCAGACUCAGAGUACACAGGUCGCGUGCAGUACAGUAAUAAAGUCAAAGACUGCACUCUGAGAAUCUCUCAGCUGAAAGACAGCGACUCAGGUCUCUACAAGUUCAGGUUCACAACCGACGAGAGUGGAGGAAAAUAUACUGGUUCCCCUGGAGUCACUUUGUCCGUCACUGAUCUCUCGGUGCAGGUGGAAAGCAAAUAUUCUAACACUGCAAACCUGAAGUGUCGGAGCAGUUGUGAUGUACCUGAAAAUAAUUACGUCUGGUACAAGAACGGUGUGCAGAUUCAAACAAAGACAUCUUCUCUUCAAGUUGACAUGCUUUUUCUAAACAGCUAUUCCUGUGCUGUGAGAGGAUUUGAGGACUCUCCCUCCCCUUCAGUGUGGGUUCAGGGUCCGAAUGGCUGGAGAGUGACUUACUCUUCUAUUGAGAUCUGUGCAGUGAAAGGGUCAACAGUGGAGAUCAGAUGCAGCUACACAUACCCAUUUACAUCUUCCCGUGUUGAAAAGGCAUUUUGGUUUACUAAAAUGAAGGAUGAUGAAUAUGUAGAUCUGACAGCAGACUCAGAGUACACAGGUCGCGUGCAGUACAGUAAUAAAGUCAAAGACUGCACUCUGAGAAUCUCUCAGCUGAAAGACAGCGACUCAGGUCUCUACAAGUUCAGGUUCACAACCGACGAGAGUGGAGGAAAAUAUACUGGUUCCCCUGGAGUCACUUUGUCCGUCACUGAUCUCUCGGUGCAGGUGGAAAGCACAAAUUCUAACACUGCAAACCUGAAGUGUGGUAGCAGUUGUGGUGUACCUGAAAAUAAUUACGUCUGGUACAAAAAGGAUGUACAGAUUCAAACAAAGACAUCUUCUUCUCUUCAAGUUGACAUGAGUUAUCUAAACAGCUAUUCCUGUGCUGUGAGAGGAGUUGAGGACUCUCCCUCCCCUUCAGUGUGUGUCACUGGUCAUGACAGCAACAGAGUGACUUACACUCAGAGAAGCAUCUGUGCCCCCAAAGGAUCAUCAGUGGACAUUUCCUGCACGUACAGCAGUUAUGAAUGUAUUACAUCUAAAUUCUGGUUCAGACCUGAGCGUAGCCAUCAGGGGCAGAAUCCCUCUCAACCUGAGGACCUUAGUGAAGACUCCCAGUAUGAAGGUCGUGUUCAGGUUCCUGAAACAGAGAGAGGACGCUCCACUCUGAGGAUCUCUGACCUGAGAGACUCAGAUUCAGCUCAGUAUCUCUUCACAUUCAAAACAGCAAGCUCUGAAUGGGGGAGGGAUUUACCUGGAACCACUCUGACUGUCACAGCUCUGCAGGUGCAGGUGAUCAGAGCAACAGUCGACCGGUCUUCUACCUACAUCAAUGCAGAGCUGAAGUGUCGCAGCAGCUGCAGUCCAGCUGCUAGUGCUUCCUUCGUCUGGUUCAAGAACCGAGAGAAAAUCAGCACACCAGCGACAUCUUCUUACCAAGGCUGGAUUCAACUUGCAGACGUGAUCUCUUGUGCUUUUGAGGGACAUGAGAAGUUCCCCUCUCCUCCAGUGUAUGCUCCAAAGCUCCCCUCUGUGUCAGUGAGUCCCUCUGCUGAGAUAGAGGAGGGCAGUUCAGUGACUCUGACCUGUAGCAGUGAUGCUAACCCAGCAGCUAACUACACCUGGUACAAGAGGGAUGGAAAUUCAUACAUUCCUCUUUUCAGUAAAGAACAACAGCUUGUCUUCAGCUCCAUCCAGUCCUCUGACUCUGGACAGUAUUCCUGUAGAGCUGAGAACGAGCUGGGGGGGAGGAGACCUACAAACACCUUGAUUGAUGUGAAAUUUGUGUGUAUGAACAUCACAUCCUCCACCUUGACCCUCAACACCGGAGCCCCUCAGGGUUGUGUGCUCAGCCCUCUCCUCUACUCCCUGUUCACGCACGACUGCGUGGCCACACACAGCUCCAACACCAUCAUCAAGUUUGCUGACGACACGACCGUCAUCGGCCUGAUCACAGACGGCGACGAGACGGCGUACAGAGAGGAGGUCAGAGCCCUGACAUCUUGGUGCCAGGACAACAACCUCCAUCUCAACGUCAGCAAAACAAAGGAGCUGAUUGUGGACUACAGGAAGAGGCAGAGAGAAGCACACACACCCAUCACCAUCGACGGGACUCCUGUGGAGAGAGUCAGCAGCUUCAGGUUCCUCGGGGUUAACAUCAGUGAGGACCUGACAUGGACACAUCACACCAGGGUCAUAUCCAAGACGGCUCGACAGCGGCUCUUCUUCCUCCGCAGGCUGCGGAAGUUCAACAUGGACUCCAGGAUACUCUGCAACUUCUACAGGUGCACCAUCGAGAGUAUCCUGACUGGCUGCAUCACCGCCUGGUAUGGCAGUUGCACCGCCCUCAACCGUAAGACUCUACAGAGGGUGGUGAAAACUGCUCAGCACAACGCCAGGACGGAGUUGCCAUCCAUGGAGGACCUCUACAGCCCAGCGGUGUAGGAAGAAGGCCGGUAGGAUAUUAAAGGACCCCCAUCACCCCAGCAACAAUCUGUUCUGUCUGCUGCCGUCUGGCAGACGGUACCGCAGCAUCCGGACCAAGACCACCAGACUCAGAGACAGUUUUAUACCACAGGCUAUAAGACUACUGAACUCCUGAGCUGUGUGGGUGUCUACUCGCAUCUGU